GUCUCCGCCGGGCGCUCCGGGGAUCAGCUGGCGGGCGGGCGGGUGCCGAACGCGGCCCCGGCUCUCGCUGCAGCGCCGCCUCCUCUCCUUGUCGCAGGCCGGCCCGGCGGCCGUGACAAUGUUGCGGCGCUGGUAGCUGGGCGCCGGCCGCCAAGCCAUCUCAAGUUUAAACUUACACGAAUCGCUCUCUUGAGGAGGAGGGGACCGCCGCGCGAUUGACACGCAUAUUCCUAUAGGCAUCCUCCCUCAGCCCCCACCCCCUCGGCCGGAUUCGGGUGGCUCCUCUCCUAGCUGAAAUCCGAGAAGAAAUCCUUGGAUCUCUUGUUUAAAAAAAAAAAAAAAAAUCUAGAAACCGUCGGUAUUUUGCUUUACUGCUUCCUUUUCGCAAGAUGAAGAAGUUUUUCGACUCCCGGCGAGAGCAGGGCGGCUCUGGCCUGGGCUCCGGCUCCAGUGGAGGAGGGGGCAGCACCUCGGGCCUGGGCAGUGGCUACAUCGGAAGGGUCUUUGGCAUUGGGCGACAGCAGGUCACUGUGGACGAGGUGUUGGCGGAAGGUGGAUUUGCUAUCGUGUUUCUGGUGAGGACAAGCAAUGGGAUGAAAUGUGCCUUGAAACGCAUGUUUGUCAACAAUGAGCAUGAUCUCCAGGUGUGCAAGAGAGAAAUACAGAUAAUGAGGGACCUGUCAGGGCACAAGAACAUCGUGGGUUACAUUGACUCCAGUAUCAACAAUGUGAGUAGCGGUGACGUGUGGGAAGUGCUCAUUCUGAUGGACUUCUGCAGGGGAGGCCAGGUGGUCAACCUGAUGAACCAGCGCCUGCAAACAGGUUUUACAGAGAAUGAAGUACUCCAGAUAUUUUGUGACACCUGUGAAGCUGUUGCCCGCCUGCAUCAGUGCAAAACUCCUAUUAUCCACCGUGACCUGAAGGUUGAAAAUAUUCUCUUGCAUGACCGAGGCCACUACGUCCUGUGUGACUUUGGAAGUGCUACCAACAAAUUCCAGAAUCCACAAACUGAAGGAGUCAAUGCAGUAGAAGAUGAGAUUAAGAAAUACACAACGCUGUCCUAUCGAGCACCAGAAAUGGUCAACCUGUACAGUGGCAAAAUCAUCACUACGAAGGCAGACAUUUGGGCUCUUGGAUGUUUGUUGUAUAAAUUAUGCUACUUCACUUUGCCAUUUGGAGAGAGUCAAGUGGCAAUUUGUGAUGGAAACUUCACAAUUCCUGAUAACUCUCGAUAUUCCCAAGAUAUGCAUUGCCUAAUUAGGUAUAUGUUGGAACCAGACCCUGACAAAAGGCCAGAUAUUUACCAGGUCUCCUACUUCUCAUUUAAACUACUCAAGAAAGAAUGCCCAAUUCCAAAUGUACAGAACUCUCCCAUUCCUGCAAAGCUCCCUGAACCAGUGAAAGCCAGUGAGGCAGCUGCAAAAAAGACCCAGCCAAAGGCCAGACUGACAGAUCCCAUUCCCACCACAGAGACUUCAAUUGCACCCCGCCAGAGGCCUAAAGCUGGGCAGACUCAGCCCAACCCAGGAAUCCUUCCCAUCCAGCCAGCCCUGACACCUCGAAAGAGGGCCACAGUUCAGCCCCCACCUCAGGCCACAGGAUCCAGCAAUCAGCCUGGCCUUUUAGCCAGCGUUCCUCAACCAAAACCCCAGCCUCCACCCAGCCAACCCCUACCGCAGCCUCAGCCCAAGCAGCCCCAGGCUCCGCCCACCCCACAGCAGCCGGCUUCCACGCCGGCCCAGGGUCUGCCCGCCCAGGCCCAGGCCACACCCCAGCACCAGCAGCAGCUCUUCCUCCAGCAGCAGCAGCAGCAGCAGGCGGCACCGCCUCCUGCACAGCAGCCAGCGGGCACAUUCUACCAGCAGCAGCAGCAGGCCCAGGCUCAGCAGUUUCAGGCAGUACACCCUGCAACCCAGCAACCAGCGAUCGCUCAGUUCCCCGUGGUAGCGCAAGGAAGCUCUCAACAGCAGCUGAUACAGAACUUCUACCAGCAGCAGCAGCUGGCCACAACCCUGCAUCAACAACAACAGCUGCUGACUCAGCAGGCUGCCUUGCAGCAGAAGACCGCAGUGGUAGCCCUACAGCAGGCCCAGGCACAGCCAGCUGCAGCCCCCCAACCAGCCCCUGCCCAGGAGCCAGCGCAGAUUCAAGCCCCCAUAAGACAACAGCCAAAGGUUCAGACAACCCCACCUCCUACCAUCCAGGGGCAGAAACUCGGAUCUCUCACUCCUCCAUCGUCCCCCAAGGCCCAGCGUGCUGGGCACAGGCGGAUUCUCAGCGACGUGACCCACAGCGCAGUCUUUGGGGUCCCUGCCAGCAAAUCAACCCAGCUGCUCCAAGCAGCUGCAGCUGAGGCCAGUCUCAAUAAGUCCAAGUCUGCAACCACCACUCCUUCAGGCUCCCCUCGGGCCUCCCAGCAAAACGUUUAUAAUCCUUCAGAAGGUUCUACAUGGAAUCCCUUUGACGACGACAAUUUCUCCAAACUCACAGCUGAAGAACUGCUGAACAAGGACUUUGCCAAGCUUGGGGAAGGCAAACAUCCUGAGAAGCUUGGAGGCUCAGCUGAGAGUUUGAUCCCAGGCUUUCAACCAACCCAAGGUGAUACUUUUGCCGCUUCCUCAUUUUCUGCUGGAACUGGUAUCCAGAGAGAGCCCAAUCCCUAUCCUGUAAUAACUGUAGAGCACUUUAAAGAAUCAACGGGUUUUAAAGGCCUUCCCCUGUAUCCAGACCCCUCCAGAGUACCUGGCAUGAAAACUCAGAACAGUUUAGACUAUGACUACUUGGCCCGAGAUGGCCCUUCCAGCAACAGCUCGUUCCACAGCAGUGAAGAGGAAGGGACCGACCUCGAGGGGGACAUGCUGGACUGCAGUGGGUCUCGACCUCUCCUCUUGGAGUCGUCAGAAGAGGAUGAGAGCUGCAAGCCUCCGCAGGGGAAGCUGGGAGGAGCCACUCCCUUCACUCAGCCAGAAGUCUCUCCUGAGCAAGCCAAGGCAGCGCAAGGUGGAAGAAAGAACCAAUUCGGAGCCCUCACGCAGCCAACCGCUGAUGGACUCGGUGAGCCAGAUGUUUUCGCCACUGCCCCCUUCAGGAGCUCGAGGGUUCCCGCUGAUGACGUGGACAUUUUCACCAAAGCCCCAUUUGUCUGCAAGGGCAGCGUGGCUCCUUCCCAGCCAGAGGAGGCGGACGUGUUCUUGAGAGCUCCUUUCACUAAGAAGAAAAGCAUGGAGGAGUUAACCGUUGCCCAGAGCGCCUCCCCGGAGUCUCCUGCGCAGCCCGGUCUCCUCCGUCAGACCAAUGACAUCCCUCCGCUCCCGGGCCUUGAUCGAGCCGUGCAUCCCUCUGUCCGAGCUCAGUAUUCCAUGGCCGGUUUUGCCCAACCGUCUAACCACCCCUCCCAUUCUGUACAAGCAGCAGACCAUCUUGACAGCGUCUCUCCCAGGGGCACCUCUCUGGAAUCUGGGGCCCAUCCUAAUGACAGAAACAAAGGGCCUCAGCCCCAGAAAGAAUCUGUCUCAGGCCCCGUGGCUGGCAAACCAUUCCGCCCCCAGUCUUUAUCCAAAUAUUCCCGUCACUAUAGCCCGGAAGAUGAGCCAAGUCCAGAAGCCCAGCCCAUCGCCGCCUACAAAAUUGUUUCGCAAACCAAUAAGCAGUCGAUAGCUGGCUCUGUUUCCAUCACAUCCCUUUCCUCCAGGACUACGGAGCUGCCAGCUGCUGAUCCUUUUGCUUUAGCACCCUUUCCUUCGAAAUCAGGCAAGCAGAAACCUUAGGGAGCCAGACCUGAGCCUUAGGCCUCUGUCUCUACCCAACCCUUAAUACCCACCACAUCACUCCCAGCUGAGCCUUCCUAAGAAGAAAUAUUGACAUACCAAUUAUUAUCUUUCAGUUCCAUGAGUCAGCAGGACUUCUUCAGUCAGCAAACUCAGUCGAGGUGAUAACUUAGUUGAAACUCCUUUAAGUUAUGCUCAAUUCUUUUGUUUAUAUUGAUUUCUGGACUUUCAGGCAUUGCCAUCUCCACCUCCACCCAGAGCUCUGCUUUUUGUUGUUUGCCUAGGAACUGUUUAAGUCUAGAACUACUUCCCAGUAAAUCCAGAAAUAACUUCCCAAAGGGGCCAUGUUAUUGCUAGUUUGACUCCUGUAGUUCCUGUUCUGAGUCAUGUCUAUCGAGGAAUCAAGAUGAGUUCCUCCCGGACUUGGUUUCAUACUCUUGAAAAGGGUAUAUUUCAGGAAAGAAAACAAGAUAAAAAUUCUGCACAUCAAAAGGAAGUGUAAUCCUGCAGAUACUAAUCAUUCCUGUGAAGCCAGCAGCUCUAGAAGGAUUCUCUGGAUCUGAGUCUGUGUAAGCCACACUGGUCCUCGUGCACGAGUGUAGGUGGGUGUGUGACGUGUGUCAGAUCCUUUCCUUUGUAGAAAUGCAAACAGAUACCUAUGCUCGUGUCUAAUAGUGUUGAGCCUUCCCCAUGUGCACACUUUAAAAAUUCGUGUGAGGGCACAGCUAUGUGUGUGCAUGUCUGUGUGCACAGGAAACAUUCUUCCUUUAGCUAAAUCCUGUCCCACCUCGCGUACCUCCACAAUCACUCAUUUGCUGGCAUUGAAUUGGUCUCCUGACCUAACUGACUUGAACCCUGUUUUUAUUGAGUUCCUUUCUCAUGGCAUAAUUGAAUUCAUUGGAAUGUAUAGGAAAAUCCUGUUGGAACUGAAGUUUCUAAGUAGAUUUUUUUUUUCCCUCUAGAAUUUGCUAUGAACAAAUUCCAUUUACACAGCCUCGAAAAAUUAAUUAUCCUUAUACGGUUCCCCCUCAGAACAAUAGAAAAGAGCACAUUGUUACAGUUCCAACCACUGGGUUUGUGGUCUAAGUAAUUUUAAAAAGUACUUAAAAACCUUAGGUCUGAGCACUCCAUGCUGUCAAUACGAAAUUAAUUAAUCAUGAGACUAGGCUACAAACUAGGUUUGCUUGUUUGUUUUUCCACAUCCUUGCCACCUUUGUCUACUGCUUCUUGAGGAAAUAGAAAUCUGAGACAUGUAAAUAAGUUUGUCUGGGAGGAAGGAAAAGAGCUGAACCAGCCAGCCAUGAAAACCUUUCGAUUCUCUGUCCCCUUGGAUGCUAAAGUAGGUCAGAUAGGUGCCUCACUUGUGUUUUUGAAAUGUCUCCUAAUUCUGGAAAGAUCUGACUUAUUCUUGGCUGUUUUCAUACCCUUUAUUAUUAGUGCCUUAAAAUGAAACUUACGUUUCAGUGGGAAGAUUUCUGCUGAAGACGUUCAAUUUCCUAUUUCAACUUGAACGCUUCCUGUGACUUGUAGUAAAUGUUAGUGAUUUCUCCAUUAGCUGGAGAUGUUGGGAGAGUUGCUUACCAACCCAGAUUAAUGAUUUAAGAAUUAUGGGAAAUUUGUCCAAGAAUCAAGCCUGAAUGCCAAACUCAACUGCAGUUAAGUGUCAUACUUUUAAAUUUGAAGUUCAGGGAUCUUGGCAGUAAAAUAUGAACAGAUACUUUUCAAGACUUUUUCUAGUUUAGUCUCCACCUAUUUCAGCUGUCCAGGUUAAAAGAUAAAUUUAAAUCAUAGGCACUGGAUCAGGGCUCCUAGCAAUGAUUUUCCAACUGAGGUUUCAGCAGUGCUGGUCCUUCACUUUUGCGGAUGCUAAAUGUUCAUUGGGCUUUUCUCCCAAUGAUCAUUUCUGAAUUUUCUGUGUAACAGUGGAUGUAGAAUCAUCUUUCCAGUUGAAUAGUUUUGGCUAACAGGUGUGGAACUUAGCACCCCAAACUCUUCCCUUGCCAUUAUCAAUUAAAGCCUUCACGUGCAGGAGUGAAGAGGAUGGGAAUAUUCAAGGAGAGUUCUCACCCCAGAAACUCUUAAAGCAGAAGGUCAUUCUAAUUCACCAGAGGUAUUCAGGAUUACCUCUGUAACAGCCCUGCAAAAUGACUUUCCUUUGGUUAUUUGAUCACUCCCCUCCUGAUCAUUUUAGUUCUCAAGGUGAAAAUCAAUAAAAUCUUGGUAAUUUUAUUACAUAAUUGAAUCAUUUGUCAAGCUGUGCUUGUAAUCCUUUUUUAUUCUCACUGAAGACCUAUGAUGGGUGGAGACUCUAAAUACCUUUUUUGAACAAGAAAUGAAUA